AUGGGCGGGAACCACUCCCACAAGCCCCCCGUGUUCGACGAGAAUGAGGAAGUCAACUUUGACCAUUUUCAGAUUCUGCGGGCCAUUGGUAAAGGGAGUUUUGGAAAGGUAUGCAUCGUGCAGAAGCGAGACACGAAGAAAAUGUACGCGAUGAAGUACAUGAACAAGCAGAAAUGCAUCGAGAGAGAUGAAGUCCGCAACGUCUUCCGGGAGCUGCAGAUCAUGCAGGGGCUGGAGCACCCUUUCCUGGUCAACCUGUGGUACUCCUUCCAGGACGAGGAGGACAUGUUCAUGGUGGUGGACCUGCUCCUGGGCGGGGACCUGCGCUACCACCUGCAGCAGAACGUGCACUUCUCCGAGGGGGCCGUGAAGCUGUACAUCUGCGAGCUGGCGCUGGCCCUGGAGUACCUGCAGAGGUUCCACAUCAUCCACAGAGACAUCAAGCCUGACAACAUACUUCUGGACGAGCACGGACACGUUCACAUCACAGACUUCAACAUAGCGACGGUCGUGAAAGGAGCAGAAAAAGCGUCCUCCAUGGCCGGGACCAAGCCCUACAUGGCCCCCGAAGUGUUCCAGGUGUACGUGGACGGAGGCCCCGGGUACUCGUACCCGGUCGACUGGUGGUCCCUGGGCAUCACCGCCUACGAGCUGCUGCGGGGCUGGAGACCGUAUGAAAUCCACUCGGCCACGCCCGUCGAGGAGGUCCUCAACAUGUUCAAGGUGGAGCGCGUCCACUACUCCUCCACGUGGUGCAAAGGCCUGGUUGCCCUGCUGAAGAAGCUCCUGACCAAGGACCCCGAGAGCCGUCUGUCCAGCCUUGGUGACGUCCAGAGCGCACCCUACUUGGCCGACAUGAACUGGGAUGCGGUGUUCGAGAAGGCACUGACGCCCGGCUUUGUGCCCAAUAAGGGGAGAUUGAAUUGCGACCCCACGUUUGAACUUGAAGAAAUGAUCCUCGAAUCCAAGCCACUUCACAAAAAGAAGAAGAGGCUGGCCAAGAACAGGUCCAAAGACGGCACAAAGGACAGCUGUCCUCUGAACGGACACCUCCAGCAGUGCUUGGAGACCGUGCGGAAGGAAUUCAUCAUAUUCAACAGAGAGAAGCUGAGGAGGCAGCAGGGACCGAGCGGCCAGCUGCUGGACGCGGAGGGCCGAGCCGGGGGCCAGGCCCCGGGCAAGCUGCAGGACGGGCGCAACAACAACAUGCCAGGCCACGCCUGCUCCGGGGGCUGCAGCAGCUAAGCCCGCGCCUGCGGCCCAGGAAGGGGCUGAGCGCUGCCCAUCCGCCCACCGGAAGCCCUUCUCCGUGCCUCCGCGGCCCCUGCCUCACCCCUGGGAACACCAGAUGCACAGAGAGCCCUGGGUUGGAGCUGGGCAGCCCGAGUUCUGGUCGCAGGUGCCCGACGGAUUCUCCGUGUGACUUGGGACAGCCUCACUCUUCCUGUGCCUCAGUUUUCUGCAUCUGCCAAAGGGGUUAACACAGCUCUCUGUCCCACUUCUACGAGGUUAUUGGGAGAAACAGCUCUCUGUCCGCUAACUGCAAGGUUAUUGGGAGAAGCCAAAUAGGUAGGAGACGUGCAACAUCUGUGACAUUUACGAAAUUGUUUACACGGGCAAAAUGGAACCUUGAUAUUCGAAGUGCACUCCCAUCCCGGAAAGCAACCAGAUCCCCCCCCCCAACACACACACCAACUUUGUGAACAUGGGAAUGCCAUUCCCAAAUCCUGAAGCAAAACCGGAAGUGUCUUCGUUUGCCUUCUCCGGAAGGCCCAUCUUUCUGACCCUCCAAGGUGGCCUGGCCACACACCAGCCUGGCUCCCUAGGUCUUGAUGCUGUUGAUGCUGCAGGUGAAUGUCCGCCCCUACCCACAGAAGACUGCCUCCCCCCUGUAAUUCCAGCAGGUCCCUGCCCCACACCCCACACAGGCGCAGCAGGUGGAUGCCCUUCAGAAGGUCAAGUCGCUGACCAUCAUUUUGAGAGUUCCUCCCAAAACCCAGUCCACGGCCAAAUUUUGAGUCCCCAUCUCCCUUCUGGGGGUCUUUCCUGGGAAGGGUGUGAAGUGACCUCCUCAGCAUUUGUCUUUAAGAGGGUCCCCAAAUGCCACUGAUGGGGUGGCUCUGUAUCGAAGAAUGAAGACGCAUGGGUGACCAGCAAGUUCAGUCUCGGAGGACAGUGGACUCACACAAGGCACAAACCGCUGUGGGACCUGUCCAGGGAGCACUCUCACCCCCUGGAUGGGGAGACACCAGAGCGCCGGCGGACAGACCUCGGCGUGGUGCCAGGCUCGCGUCCAGAACCCAGCCCUGCUGUUUACUAACCGGAAGACCUUAGGCAAACUGCAUAAUCACUUCUGUGUCAUUUCCUCGUUUCACAGUGGAGACGGUGAGUCCGGCCUCGCAAGGCUGGUGCGGGAUCCGGCAGCAUCCCGUGCGUCACGUACCCAGCACACAGCACUCACUGAACGGUCGGCACGCCUGUCCACAUCACCAUCGUCGUUCGCAGAAACUUCCCCGUGUCACUCAUUUGGCAGGUCACUUGCGUAGAAGUAAGUUUGGUGGUUUGGAUUCCUCGAACUUGUCUUCCUGGAGUCUUGGAACCCCGUCCAUCCCUGUGAAUGUUCCACUGUUUUUAUUUUUCCUUCCAACUUCCGGUUUUUACUUUUUACAUCAUCGAUCCGUCUUCGGGGGCUGUCCAUGUCAUCUCUUUGACAUCUUAAGAGACGUUGUAAUGGAGGGUUUUCCAUUUUUAAUCUUAACAAAGGAAAUGCUCAUGAUUUUCCUCCUUGGAAGCAAGCUACUCCACGAUUAUGUCGCCCACGUCGGUCCACUGUCUUUCACCCUCGUCAUCCUCGUCCCCCACCGGCACUGUCCUGUUCUCUCCAGGAAAUCACAGGGCUGCUCCUCCCUUCACUAUGACCCGGGCAGCACUUAGGAUUUCUUGCUGGGCUGAGUUCAUGAGUUAGGGGGCAGGAGCUGGAAGUAGCCCAAGAGACGCUAGAUUUCCUGGCUGUGUUUAAGUCGGUGUUGUUUCUUGUUCAGAAUAAACUAUUUCUUAGACCUUCCUUCCUA